UCAACAGUGGUCUGGCUCUGAAACCAACCAGUCUUACCCAACUCUGGACAAAGUUAGCUUCUAUGUCAAUAAUGUGGAAAGCCAGAAGUUUCUGGCUCCGCCGCCAGCAGCUUGUAUAAAGGCGGAUCGGCUGGACGAGGCUCAGUCAGAGAUCGUCUCAGCUCGUAUUCACUCUCAAUCUGAAUCUGUCGACUGGAGCAUCAUGAACCUGCAGAUCAGCGGUCUUCUCCUGGUGGUGGCGCUGUUCCCCAGCAGCUCGGCUCUCACGCCUGACGAGUGCAAACCCUUACAGACGCCUCUGUCUCUGGACCACUUCUCUGAGACGUGGGGUGGCAGGUGGAACUCCCUGGCUGCUUACGCCAGUCAUGACGCAUUUGGGGACGCCCUGAAGGGGACCGAGAGCUCCUGGGUGAAUAUCAACCAGACGGCAAAAGCCAACGAGGCCGACUUGAUCCAGGAGAACAGGAUAAACGGGACGUGUGUUUUCUCAUCCUCCCGUCUAGUCAUCGAGGGCAACACUGGAUUAUGUUCAGUGGCCAACGUCUCGUCCCAGUUCCAGCUGCUGCCGAGCUGCACCGACUGCCUGGUGAUGAGCAUCAACACCACGGGCAGGAACCUGGACACGCUGCUGCAGAAGAUGCACUACAGCAGCAGCGGCGUCACAGCAGAGGAGUACCACAUCCACUCCCUCUAUCUGAUGGCCAGAGGGUCGAGUCUGCAGGACUCGGACCUGGAGAAGUUCAAGCAGCAGGCGAGCUGCUUCGGGUUCUCCGGAGAACCAGAAUUCCACUACGACCCCAAGAAUGAGUUCUGUGCUGAAGGCGAGGGCGUCAAGGUCGUCUUAUGAAGUCAACAACAACAACUUUCCUGAAUGUUUCAAACUGAAACUGAGAAAGUAAAGAGACAAAAAGUGACUCAAAACAUCAAA